UUAAGGAGGAGCUAAUUAUUUUGGAAAACUUGAAUAUUGUGAUUAUUCAAUUUCAUUUCAAACAAUUUGUGGAUUUUAAAAAUUUGGAUAUUGUGAAUUAUUCGAAGAUUGUUUUUGAAAAUUAUUUAUUGGAGAAGUUUCGUGAAAUUGUUCGAAGUUUCAAAGAUUCGGUGAAGUUUUGUGAUUACGAAUGGAUGAGACAACGAGAAGGAGAUUUCGACAAUUCGAGGCUAGUUAAAUUUUUUACGCGGUUAGACUGAUUUCUAGAUUAGGUGAUUUACUAUAUGGCAACGUCAACCGUGUCAGAACAUCAUGAGACCGUCGAGAAAAAUUCCACGGAGCUUCUUGAUAGAAUUUCCAUGAACAGUUGCCCGCCAAGCAGUUUCCCGGAUAAGUUUCAAGAUUUCUUUGCCGCCCUCAACGAAGAUUCCGACGAUUUGCCAAGCAUGCUCGAGGAUAAGUUAAUACCCAGAAAGCAGGAGGCAUCGAACACCGACUCGAAGAGCAGACGAUGGAGCAAAAGGGCAUUCCAGAGGAGGAGCAGCGAGGUCGAGGUUCGCCUGCACCGUACCUCUUUGACAGGAUCCCAAGGACACUCGAGCGUGGAUGGUCCGAAAUCACCGACCACCUCGAGACGUCGUAGUUCAAGCAUAGCAGUCGCCAGACCAACACCAGACUUGCACAGGAAAUUGGUUGGGCCUUUUUUAAACAACAGUAUCAUACAGUUUCUGCAAGCGGAAACCGGCCCUUGGGGUCAUUUAUCGCCCUCGCCGAGAAGUCCCACCAGAACUCCGGCAAUAAGCCCUGGAGCAGUGUCUGCCUCGUCUCAUUUGAGUCCAGGAGCGAGUCCAGGAGGUCCAAGCCCAACCAGCCCUGCUGGUCCAACGGGAUCUCGAGGUCCAGGGCCAAGACAGUAUCGUGGAAGAACGAGCAGUAUGCCAGCGGUUCCUCGACACAAGCCGAUGCUCGUCGAAACGAAACGCGGUGGCGCUGGUGGAGCCGAUGAGGGUGAGGAGGAUGGGGUGGAAUAUUACAGGCUCAGGUCGUUCUCCAUUACGGCGAACGGGGUCUACAACCUCGGCGAUUCGCUGAAAAGCCGACGAAGCAAAAGUAUCAACAGUGUCACGUCCUCUGGCACCAGCUGCAGCAGCACCAGAGAGGCCAGAUUGAGCUCGGCGUCACAGCUUUCAGGGAUAGAGGCGGAGGAGGACACGAGCAACGAACGAGUGGCCACUUACAAAGUCGGCAUGCUGGGUGCAUCGGGGGUAGGGAAAACCGCCCUUACAGCGCAGUUCACCACCAGCGAUUACAUUUGCGCUUACGACACUUCUCUGGAUGAGGAAUACGGACAGAAAAGCGUAUCCGUAAUGCUCAAUGGCCAAGAAACAGAAUUGGAGAUCAUAGAUCAUCCUGCAGCAGAGAUGUCGGUUGAAACAUUCUGUUCGACAUACAAUCCAGAUGUUUUCGUAGUAGUUUACUCGGUAGUGGACAGACGAAGCUUAAAAAUGGCUGAAGAGACGUUGCUCUAUCUAUGGAAGAGCGAUUACAUGGCUAGCCGUGGUGUUAUUCUUGUUGGGAACAAAGUUGAUCUGGAACGGAAACGUGAGGUUCCAUCUGUCGUUGGUCGACGUAUGGCAAACAAUUGUGGUUGUAAAUUCAUCGAAACAUCAUCAGGACUUGCCCAUCACGUAGACGAGCUGCUGGUCGGCAUUCUGGCGCAAAUUAAGUUGAAUCCUCAACGAGAUCGAGACCAAGCAAACAGACGAAGAAGAAGCAAGCAUCGCAGGAGGAUUCUGAAACACCUGUUGGGUUUUAAGAGGAAAACGAAAAGCUGCGAGGACUUGUUCGUUCUCUAACGUUUCCCUGGUUUGAAAUAAUGACGUAAAGAUUCGUCAAUCGUAUUGUUUCUUAUUUAUUUUCUUCUUUUUCUUUUUUUACCUACAGUUGAUUUAAUGUAUAGCAGAAGAGAGAUAAAAUUUGGAGAAAACUGGAUAUAAAUUGAGAUAAAUAUUAAAAUUUAAAGAAUUUAAAAUUUAGAUUUAAAUUUUGACACGUUAUAUCAGUCGGAUAGCAAAAUAUAAUUUUCCACAUAAAAUUAUGUGUGUGAAGUGUUUCUUAAAGAAAUUUCUUAGAUUUUUUGAAAAGAUAUCUUAUCAGGGUUCGCUAUAUCUUGUUUUUUUUUUAUCAAUAUUUGAAUAUUUCCAUUAUUAUAAUUUCUUUGUUUUCCAAAAAUUUGAACGAAUCUUAAAGAGUAUCAUUUAUUGGAGGAUAGAUUGUAUUUUUUUCAAAGUGGAUGGGGAGGAAUUCCAGAUAUUUUUAAGGAGUGAAUUCGUAUGUUUUAAAUCGAUUCGAGUAUAUCGAAAUCGAUAUGAAUAAAUUGAACAAAAAAAUAUCUUCAUUGACAUGAAUCUGAAAAAUUAGGGAAAAAUUAUACAUGUGUAUAUAUUUAUAUAUUUUUAAUUUUAAAUAUCAAUCCGAUUUCAAAUGGAAAACACGAUUGAGAAAAUAUAAAUUUAUAUAAAUACACUUGAUGCAGAUUUUCUGCAUGAUUUAUCGAAUGAAUGAAUGUUGUAGCAAAUUUUGUUUUUACUAUUAGAUACCUUGUGAAACAGUAUUAUAAUAUUGGGAUAAAAAUUUUCAAGAUACGAUUUAAGAAUUAGGAAUUAAGGAAAUGAAGUUUAUGAUACCAUAUCAGAGGUGUAUAUAAACUUUAUUCUUAAUGCAAAUUAAAUUACUUCGGCAUUGAUUAUUUCAUAUGUUCAUUGUAUAUUUAUUUUAAAAAAGAAAUUAUGUUGAAGAUUUUAGUUUAAUGGAAGACGAAAAUGAGGAAAUAAAAAUCAUA